UGGGGCAUGAACCGUGGCAGAGCGGAAGGAGAAGUUAAGGACUGAGCUGCUCUGCCGAAUGGGGUUUGAGGCAAAACCCACAGAAGACUUAAUGCCUGUUCAUUUCGUUGCACAAAGUCAUUCUGGCUUUUUCUCCUGUCCCCUUCCUGCAGCUCGCCUCUUUUUAUUUAUCUCUUACGUUCCAUUCUGGUAGAGACCCUGAUCCAACUCUGAAGAACUGAAGGGCAGAAGGGAUGCUUUUUCUAUCUCUGACAUAUUCAAGGAAAGAAGACUUUGCCUGCCAUGUUUGGAACUGGGAAAUCAUUUGGGGUUCUCUUCCUAAUCCUACAUCUGAGCAUCUGUAGCAUCGAUGGAGAAGAGUCAUGUGAAAUUCAACUUUAUGUUAAGAGACAUUUAAUACAUGUCACAGCAGGACAUCAGUUUAGAAUGGAAUGCCCUGUGAAGUACUGUGUUAGCAGACCUAAUGUGAGUUGGUGCAAGUUCAAUGGCAGUGACUGUUUACCCUUUGGGAGUAAAGUUUCGUCAUACACAAGUUGGGAAGAAAAGAAGAAUAUUUCCAUUUUCAGCCUUCAUUUUCACUCAGUGCUUCCUACAGACAAUGGGUCAUACCGUUGUUAUGUGAAUUUUUCUUCUCAGUUGAUUACAAGCCACUCAAUAGUCAUAAAUGUUACAGAGCAGUCUCAAAAUAAUUCAGAACGACCUCUAAUUACAUUGACUAACAUUGCAGAUGUAACCAAUACUUCCGGACCCCCCUCCAUAGAAGAGAUGGCACUCAGGGGAUGGCUGCUUCACAGUUUGCUUCCUGUGGGGGCACUGCCACUACUCAUCAUUGCCUGUCUCUGCCUGAUCUGUGGCCUGAAAAGGAACCAAGGGAAACAAAAGAAGACUUCAGAUUCAACAGGCAGGGAAAUUAACCUGGCUGAUGUUCCCCAGCCCCUUAGCAUCGAGCAAACUGAAAUGAGCACCAGGCAAAAUUCCAAAACACUGCCAUCAGAAAGUGCAAUUUAUAAUAAUGAUCCCUUGUUCAGGCUAUCAGAAGAGCUUGAAGCUAAUACUAACCGAGGACUGGAGGAAAACAAACACUGCAUUGUUUAUGCUUCCCUGAACCAUUCCAUCAUUGGAAGGAACACAAGACAGACACGAGAUGUGCAAGAAGCACCAACAGAAUACGCAUCCAUAUGCGUGAGGAAUUAACUCUGUUCCUGACACCCAUCAGUGAUUGCUGACUGCCCAGCAAAUCGUCGUCAUUGUCUGACCUCAGCAAGAUGUCAACAGUCCUUAAUGUGUGGACUUCGGUGGUUCAUGGUGGUGGCUUGGGGCUUCCGUGUUCAUAUGGAGUAAAAUCUCUCCUGAAAAUUUCAUUGGGAGACAUUUAACAAAAAAUCUUCUCUCUGGAACUGUUUCAUAGCAUGACUAGAAGAGGAACAUUAACAUUUAAACUUAAUCAAAUUUUUACUGAACAUGAACACUUACUAUUCCCUUUGGUUUUUAUCUCAGACUUAUAGCAAAGAGGGGUUUGUGCUAUCUAGAACAACUCACUACAAAAAAGUCUCAAUUUGACUAAUUGUCAUACAGAAAUGAUUGUUAUUUUAUAAUAAGAAUCUCCCCAUCAGUCUUUAGCUGUUGUUUCUUAUAUACAAGCUGUUGUUUCUUAUAUAUUUGAGCUGUGGCUCAAGUGGUAGAGUGCUCGCCUUGAGCUGAAGAGCACAGGGACAGCGCCCAAGCCCCACGACCGACAAAAAAGAAAAGAAAAUAAAAGAAAGAACUUUAGACUAGAUAUAGGGAAAAAGUGGAAAGAGUAGCUGGUGGAAUAUAGAAUUUACUAAUUGGAUAUGGGGAAAAGUUUUCUCCAUACCUGGAAAAUGUGAUCAUUUUUUCCCUUGUUAGAUUGAGGAGUAAAUUAGAUCUUAAUGGAGAAAUCAGUGUACAAUCUACUUAUGAGCAGAGUAAGGGAAUAUGACAUAAUGUUUCUGGAUUGAAACACGUACAGGAUCUGAAUAAAUAUAAAACCACUGAAACUAGGCAAGUGCAGACUGAACUUAUCAGCUGCCUAUGGUUUUACCUGAUAGCAAAUGAAAAGAGCAAGUAAGGACAUGGAGGAGAGGCCAGGAGUUGUUGACAGUCAAUAGGGGGCAACAUACGUUCAUUAGCUUCUGUACAGUGCUGCUGUUCUUAUGAAGGAAUUCCGAGAAACCAUAAGGUUUGCAGUCUAUAUUCACUCUUUUUAAAAUGCUUAUGUUGCAGCUACUUUAGAGGAGGAAAGUUAAGAUUUUCAUAUUUUCUGAAUUUACAGAGUACUUGAGUCUAAUUAUUUCAGAAAUAUCCUAUAACUUUAUUCAGCAGCUGGAAGCUAACUUCUCAGAAGCUGCUACUAAACAAAUAAUGCAAUAAUUCCUCAUACAAAGCAAAAGUUAGAACCUGCUUGAACACACAUAAGAGCUGCUGAACAAAUGAAUGUGGUCCCUGUAUGUGCAUGAAUGCAUGUAGGUAUGUAUGCACACUUGUAUGUUAGUGGAUAGCAAUAAGAAGGAAUUUACAGAAAUUGGGACAAGAAAAAAUUUAUCGAAUUGAUAUUCUUUUUUCAGUUUGCUUAUGAAAUGCAAAAUACUACAGUAGAUGAGACAAAGAAAAUUUGUGCCAGGCACCAGUGACUCAUGCCUAUAUUUCUAGCUACUGAGGAGGCUGAAAAUUGAGGAUCCUGGUUCAUAGACAGUGAAGGCAGAUAAAACCAAGAGGCUCUUAUCUCCAUUUUUUUGCUGGUUAGCAAAAAGCAGGAAGUAGAGUUGUAUCUCAAGUAGUAGAGCAUCAUCCCUUAGCAAGAAAGCUGAGUGAGAAUGCAAGACUCUGUAUGCAAGCCCCAGUAUCAUCAGUAAAAUGUAAAAGAAUGUGUGAAAUGAAAAUGGGAAUGUGAACAGAGAACACAGCCACAAAAAUACGAAAAUAGAGUUUUGUUAUGCAGAUUUUCCUCCAUAAUACUCAGAUUACCUUUAGUUCCUAGGAUUUAAGGCUGCAGAUAUUAUUUCUGAGUCACUGUUAGGGAUCCAGUUCAAUAUCAUAACACCUAGAAUUUUAACCAACCAAUUCAAUUCUAAAUUAGUUCUUUCAGUCAGGCUGCUUUUGUGGACAAUUUAUGCAAAAAGGACGCUAGAAUAGCUGCUUGUUUUCUUCUUAAAAAUAGAAACAGGAAAUAUGGGAGGAUGUGGACAGCUCUUAUCAGAUUAAACAUACAAAGCUCAACAAUUCUUUCAAAAUGGUCUCCAUUUUAAAAAAAACACGUAAUUUCUAUCUACUGUGAUUAAAAUAAUCUUAAUGUAGCUCACAAUAAAGGAUAAUGUUAUGAUUUCACUUAGAAAUAAUUUAUGCUGAUAUUUGUACCAUGCUUGUCAAAAAUCACAACUCAUUUAUACUUUUUGUCUCUAUUAAUAAAGUGUACCAGAUAUGUA